GUGCGAUUGUCAGUGAAACGCCCAAUGUGUCGUGGGAUGAUGUCGCGGGAUUAGAGGCAGCCAAGGAGGCGUUAAAAGAGGCGGUCGUUCUGCCAAUCAAAUUCCCCCAGCUGUUCACCGGCAAACGCACACCCUGGAGAGGUAUUCUGCUGUUUGGGCCUCCUGGUACGGGAAAGUCCUUCUUAGCCAAAGCGGUGGCGACGGAAGCCAAAUCAACGUUUUUCUCAGUGUCGUCGUCGGAUUUGGUCUCCAAAUGGCUCGGGCAGAGUGAGAAGUGA